GCCUUGGAAUAUCUUUUCAAGUUCAUUGUCCAAUCUCGGAUCCUUUACUCCAGAGCUACUUGUGGAAUGGAAGAGGAACAGUUCCGCUCCAGCAUCCAGGAGCUUUUCCAGUCCAUCAGAUUUGUGCUCAGCUUGGACAGCAGGAGCUCUGAGACUCUCAUCUUCACCCAGGCUGCUUUGCUGAACUCCUUCCCCGCCAUCUUCGACGAGCUGUUGCAGAUGUUCACGGUGCAGGAAGUAGCAGAGUUCGUGCGGGGCACUCUGGGCAGCAUGCCCAGCACCGUGCACAUCGGGCAGUCCAUGGAUGUUGUUAAGCUGCAGUCUAUCGCACGCACUGUCGACAGCCGCCUCUUCUCCUUCUCAGAAUCCCGGCGCAUCCUGCUACCUGUGGUUCUUCACCACAUUCACCUUCACCUACGACAGCAGAAGGAGCUGCUUAUCUGCUCUGGGAUCCUCAGUAGUAUCUUCUCCAUAAUCAAGACCAGCUCUUUGGAGGGCGAUGUCGUGGAGGAGGUUGAGAUGAUGGUGGAGAGCCUCCUGGAUGUGCUUUUACAAACUCUGCUUACAAUCAUGAGUAAAUCGCAGUCUCAGGAGGCGGUAAGAGGGCAGCGUUGCCCGCAGUGCACAGCAGAAAUCACUGGAGAGUAUGUCUCCUGCCUUCUCUCUUUGCUUCGUCAGAUGUCAGACACUCAUUUCCAGCACUUACUGGACAACUUCCAGAGCAAGGAUGAACUAAAGGAGUUCCUCCUGAAGAUUUUCUGCGUAUUUCGGAACCUGAUGAAAAUGAGUGUCUUUCCUCGAGACUGGAUGGUGAUGAGGUUGCUCACCAGCAAUAUCAUAGUUACCACUGUUCAGUACCUGUCUUCUGCCCUGCAUAAGAAUUUCACGGAAACGGACUUCGAUUUUAAAGUGUGGAACUCUUAUUUCAGCCUGGCCGUUUUAUUUAUAAACCAGCCAAGUCUCCAACUAGAAAAUGCCACCCCAGCGAAGAGGAAGAAGAUUCUGGAUAAAUACGGCGAUAUGAGAGUGAUGAUGGCCUACGAGCUCUUCAGCAUGUGGCAGAACCUGGGUGAGCAUAAGAUUCACUUUAUUCCGGGAAUGAUUGGCCCCUUUCUUGGUGUUACGCUUGUUCCACAACCAGAAGUCCGGAAUAUCAUGAUCCCUAUCUUCCACGACAUGAUGGACUGGGAGCAGAGGAAGAAUGGCAACUUCAAACAGGUGGAAGCGGAGUUGAUCGAUAAGCUGGACAGCCUGGUAUCCGAAGGAAAAGGUGAUGAGAACUACAGGGAACUCUUCAGCCUGCUAACCCAGCUCUUUGGGCCUUAUCCCAGUUUGCUGGAGAAGAUUGAGCAGGAAACAUGGCGGGAGACUGGAAUCUCCUUUGUUACUUCAGUUACUCGUCUCAUGGAGCGUCUGCUUGAUUACAGGGACUGUAUGAAAGGAGAUGAAACAGAAAACAAGAAAAUUGGCUGCACUGUUAACCUGAUGAAUUUCUAUAAAUCCGAAAUUAACAAGGAAGAGAUGUACAUCCGCUACAUCCACAAGCUCUGUGACAUGCACCUACAGGCGGAGAACUACACAGAGGCUGCAUUUACUUUGCUUUUGUACUGUGAGUUGCUCCAGUGGGAGGACAGACCUCUGAGAGAGUUCCUGCAUUACCCAUCUCAGUCAGAGUGGCAACGUAAGGAAGGUCUGUGCCGUAAGAUUAUCCAUUACUUCAACAAAGGGAAGAGCUGGGAGUUCGGAAUCCCGCUGUGCAGAGAACUGGCCAUACAGUACGAAAGUCUCUAUGAUUAUCAGAGCCUCAGCUGGAUUCGGAAAAUGGAAGCUACCUAUUACGAUAAUAUCAUGGAACAGCAGCGCUUAGAACCCGAGUUUUUCAGAGUUGGUUUUUAUGGUCGGAAAUUCCCGUUUUUCCUGCGGAACAAAGAGUAUGUCUGUCGGGGCCACGACUAUGAGAGGCUGGAAGCUUUCCAGCAGAGGAUGCUAAGCGAGUUCCCACAAGCCAUUGCAAUGCAGCACCCAAACCACCCAGACGACUCGAUCUUGCAGUGUGAUGCCCAGUAUUUACAGAUCUAUGCAGUGACUCCCAUCCCAGACAAUAUAGAUGUGCUGCAAAUGGACCGCGUGCCCGAUCGCAUAAAAAGCUUUUACCGAGUCAACAAUAUCCGGAAGUUCCGCUACGACAGGCCUUUCCACAAAGGCCCAAAGGACAAGGACAACGAAUUUAAGAGCUUGUGGAUUGAACGUACCACUCUGACCUUGACUCACAGUCUGCCUGGGAUCUCUCGUUGGUUUGAAGUGGAGCGAAGAGAACUGGUUGAAGUAAGUCCUUUGGAAAAUGCCAUUCAAGUGGUUGAGAACAAAAACCAGGAGCUGAGAACGCUGAUAAGCCAGUACCAACAUAAACAAAUGCAUGGCAACAUUAAUCUUCUCAGCAUGUGUCUGAAUGGAGUGAUUGAUGCAGCUGUUAAUGGGGGAAUUGCACGAUACCAGGAGGCCUUUUUUGAUAAAGAUUAUAUCACAAAGCACCCUGGAGACGCAGAGAAGAUCACGCAGCUCAAGGAACUCAUGCAGGAACAGGUACACGUCCUGGGAGUCGGUCUGGCAGUCCAUGAGAAGUUUGUACACCCAGAAAUGCGUCCCCUGCAUAAGAAACUGAUAGACCAGUUCCAGAUGAUGCGCUCCAGUCUGUACCAUGAGUUACCCGGUUUGGAUAAGCUGAGCCCGGCCUGCUCUGGCGCUAGUACACCGCGCAGCAAUGUUGUGGUUUCGCAUGGACCUAUGAGCCCAGAAAGCAUAAAGAUGGUCCAUCGACACAGCCCACUGAACUUGCUUGGUUCAGUCCGACACUCCUCCUCCUCUCUGUCGUCCCACACCUCCAGCGAAACUGGAAACCUGGUGAUCCUGACGGACAGUUCUGUGGGGGAGACUGCAGAGGACAUGUACCACAUGCAGCUUGUUUACCCCAACUCCAGGUACCAAGGCUCAGUCACCGACGUCUCUGUUUUAUCCUCGUCCCAGGCUAGCCCUUCCACCUCAAGCCUGAGCUCUACUCACUCGGCACCAUCCCAGAUGAUUAACUCUGCCCCUUCCAGUGCUCGAGGCUCUCCCUCUCUACCAGAUAAGUACCGCCACUCUCGGGAGAUGAUGAUGUUGCUGCCAGCCCAUCGGGACCGACCUAGCAGUGCCAUGUAUCCCGCAGCUAUCAUGGAAAACGGACAGCCUCCGAAUUUCCAGCGCGCCUUGAUCCAGCAAAUGAUCGGCCCAUGCAAACCUUGCAGCGAUCCCAACCUGUCCGUGGCUGAGAAAGGACACUACUCGCUGCACUUUGAUGCCUUCCAUCACCAGCUCAGCGAUGCUCCUCCGGCACUGCCCGCACGGACGUUGCGCAAGUCCCCUCUUCAUCCUAUCCCUGCGUCGCCCACCAGUCCGCAGUCUGGCCUAGAUGGAAGUAACUCCACUUUAUCCGGCAGCGCCAGCAGUGGUGUCUCUUCCUUGAGCGAGAGUAACUUUGGACAUUCUUCUGAACCACCUCCUCGCACAGACACCAUGGAUUCUGUCCCCAGCCAGGCCUGGAACACUGACGAAGAUCUAGAGACACCCUACCUCCCUGUCAGGUACAGUCUCUCUGAGCCUGAUGUCCUAGAGUCGCUCAAAUCCCAGCCAUGCCGAAGCCACUCUGCUCCAUCGGGAGUCAUUCCUCAGGACACCAUGGACCCUCCUGCUCUACCCCCCAAACCUUACCACUCCCGGCUGCCAAACAUGGAGAACGAGGAGGGGCUGAUAAUUGAAGAUGAUGACAAACACCGCCCGCUGCAUCGUAAAGUGUCGCAGCCGGUGAGCAGCGGAAAGGAAGAGCAGGCCAGGGUAGCGUGGGAGCAUGGCAUCAGUGAGCAGUAGGACACCUCCUGGUAAGCAGCAUGCAUCGUCAUUCCGGGUCUGACUACAAAGGAGAGAGACGGACUCGGAGAACAGCAAACCGAUCUUCUACUGCCGCAAGUUUGUGUCUGGAGCCCACAAAAGGAAUUGGGCCAGCAUGGGAGGUUGCUGCUUUCCUUUUUAAGUUCUUUUUACGCCUUUCCGUUACGUUUUUUAACUUUCCGUGCAGUGGACAGUUUAUUCCUUCUGCAGUUUCUUAACCACAUCGUAUGGCACACGAGCCAUGGAGACGUGCAGAAGCCGAAAAACACGAUUUUAAGCGGAGAGGGGGAAAAAAGGGGGAAUGUGGCAAGUUGCUUUUGAAACUGCUUUCCUCCCCGUUCUGAGACGCACAUGAGUAGAAGCAGUUGCACUAGG